AAAAAAUAGAAAAAUAAAAAAAAUAAAAAAUAAAAAUCAGCCUCUUUUUUUCUGCAUUAAUAACAAAAAAACCAGCGGUUUUAAUGAGAAAUUAUUAAUAAUAAUCAAAAGAAAGCAAAGCAAUGGAGAAAGCGCACAAUAGCUUCAACAAGAAUGGCCACAUUCCGACAAGCCCGAGGAAUAUUCCACCACCGGCGGUAUCUUUUAACGACGAUGCUUCCGACAACCAUCUCCACCAUUACACCGCCGACGAAGCGAAUCGGAUCUCGGAAGACGUUGACCGAUUCAUCUCCGUCAUUUCCGCCAUUGAUGACAAAUCUUCUUCCUCCCUGCCGGAGGUUCCCGAUUUCAUCAAAACCUAUUCGGAGAUCAUAGAAUCCAGAAUUACCAGGUCCCGGAAGAACGUCGCCGGCGGCGACGACGACGAGUUGUUCUUCAUCGAGUCCGUCCGGCGAAUCUCCAGGCUGACGAAUGCGCUGAGCGAGUUCUCGUCGGACGCGAGGGCGAAUCCGCCGUUGAAUCAGACGAGCGUCGCAUUGCAGCGGGCGAUGGUGUUUCUGGAGGAGGAGUUCCGAUCGCUGCUCGAGGAUUCCACCAGCGAGUGGGACCCGCAGAACGCGCACAACAUUCAGAAAUUCUCGUCGUUUAAUUCCAAGAGCCAGCAGGAAUACUCCGACCGGUGCGCCGCCCAGCGGGAGAUCGACACCGCGCACUCCGUCGAGUACCCGGCGUACUCGCCGGAGGACGUGGACAAGAUGCACGAGAUCGCGACGACGAUGAUCUCCGCCGGGUACGAGACGGAGUGCUGCCAGGUGUACUACAUCUCGCGUCGGAACGCGAUCAGGAACCAGAUGACGAAGCUGGAGCUCGAGGUGCUGCUCAACAUGGAUGACGUCGUAAAGAUGCCCUGGGAGACGCUGGAGACGGAGAUCGCGCGGUGGAUCAACGUGGUGAAGACGUGCUCGGAGACUAUUUUCCCCGGCGAGAAGAGACUGGGUGAAUGGGUUUUCAACGACCACCCGGAGAUCCGCCGCAGCUUGAUCAGCAACAUCCUCCGGGCGGUGGUGAUCCAGCUCCUCGACUUCGCGGAGGCCACAUCCAUGGCGAAGCGGUCGGCCGACAAGCUAUUCCGGUACCUCGACAUGUACGACGCGCUCCAGAAGCUGAUCGCGUCGAUCAGCGGCGAGUCCUACUCCGACGAGCUGACCGCGGAGGUAACCGCCGCGGUCGACCGGAUCGGAGAGUCUGCCGUGUGCAUAUUCUGCGAUCUGGAGAAUUCCAUCAAGAGCGACGCCGCUAAGGUGCCCGUACCCGGCGGGGCCGUGCACCCGCUCACGCGGUACAUGAUGAACUACCUGAAAUACACGUGCGAGUACAAAGACACGCUGGAAAGCAUAUUCGCGAAACACACGGAGCCGGAUAAAAAGUACACACCACCCCCACCAACAACAACAACAACCGCUUCUCUCUCCUCCAACGAUCUAGAGAGAGAAAGCGACAGCCCGCACAACUUCGAAACCGUUGCCAGCACGACGCCGUUUUCGAUGCAGGUAGUUAUGGUGAUGGACCUCUUGGACGCAAACCUGGAGCAGAAAUCGAGGCUCUACAAAGACCCAUCCCUCCGGUGCGUCUUCCUAAUGAACAACGGGAGAUACAUACUGCAGAAGGUGAAGGGGUCGCCGGAGAUCCGGCAGGUGAUGGGGGACAUAUGGUGCCGGCGGAGAUCGACGGUUGUCCGGCAGUACCACAAGAACUACCAGAGAGAAACGUGGAACAGGGUGCUGCAGUGCCUGAGCCACGACGGUCUGCUCGUCAACGGGAAGGCGAACAAGCCGCUGCUGAAGGAGAGGUUCAAGAUAUUCACCAACACAUUCGACGAGAUUCACCGCACGCAGAGCGCGUGGAUGGUGAGCGACGAGCAGCUUCAGUCGGAGCUAAGGAUAUCGGUGUCGGCCGUGGUGAUUCCGGCGUACAGGUCGUUCGUCGGGAGGUUCCGGCAGUAUUUGGACAGCGGGAAGCAAGCUGAUAAGUAUAUAAAGUACCAGCCUGAGGAUAUUGAGACUUUGAUUGAAGGCUUGUUCGAAGGCAAUAUUACUUCUAUGGCUAGGAGGAAAACUUAAUAUAAUAAAUAAUAUACCGUUUUUUUUUUCUUCUUCUUUAUUUCGUCUUAAUUUGUUUUUCUUUUUCUUUUAUUAUUUUUUAUUUAUUUUUCAGAAUUAAAACAUUGAGUUUUUAAUUCGAAUUGUUUUAGCACUUGUGGUUAUUGGAGGUUUUUUCCUUGACGUAAGUUAUUACCAUGAUAUGUCGUACUUGUGUCUUUUUUCGUGGUACAUAAUUUUGAAUGUUUUUUUUCUAUAAAACUCGAGCUUUGGUCAAGAGCCAACUAGAUAUUCUCUUUUUUUUUUUUCUCCUUGCGUGUUAGGGUCAUGAAUGCCUUUGGUUGGAGCCAUCGUGGCGCUUCCCCAAGGACCGUAUGCCUGCUCGGUCCCCUGCGGCUCCUCCCUUCUGCUCGGAAAUAUCGACAAGGAGCCGCUUUUGACUUGGCAUGUCUUUUAGGCGGCACACCUUAGUGGGCUUUGGUGGCUUUCGUUCUUCGGGCCGAGCUUUGGGUAGGCCUUAGGGGGUCUCGUCCCCUGGGUUGCAUCCAGUUCGGAUCCAUAUAUGUUUAUGUUACAUAUACAUGUAUACGUGCAUGAUUAUAUGUAAAUCAAAAAAAAAAAAAACUAUUAUCUAUAUUUGAAAGAAUUCAAUGUCUCUGAAUUCGUAUAAUUUAAAUACUUGUAUAAAAUCAGAGAUCUUUAAAUAAGGUAAACAAAAAUUUGUAUUGAGAAAGAUUGUGCAGCGGAAUAAAAAUAACACAAGUUUUAAAAUCAUUAUGUACAAGUAUAUAACUUGUGGAUGGUGUCUUCACAGGCUAAAAAUAGUAUUCAAAAGAAUACAAAUGAGAAGCC